GUCAGUGGAAACACUCUUUCUCUGUACUCCAUUGUGGGAGGUGAUGUCAGUCUGCCGUGUAACAAUGUGAUUUAUCCAAACUGCUCCUCAACUAUAUGGAACUAUGGAUCUAUUGAAGAAGUCCAUCUUGGGAGGGUGAAAAAGGAAGAACUGAACAACAGAGCAGACAGACUGAGUUUAGGGUCUGACUGUUCUCUACAUGUUAGUGAUGUCAGAGCUGAGGAUGCUGGAGUCUACAUCUGUAGACAGUUCCUUACAGAGGGUGAACCACAACAUGGAGGUGAUGCUCAUGUUCAUCUGUCUGUUCUAACUAGUGAGUAUUACUGUUUAAAUCAGAGCUGUGCAAAAGUGUAGUGUUGAUAGUCAUAUUAAACAUGAGCAGUACAUACUGAAAGAUUAUGCAAGUAUGAUUUUUUCUCUUUCUCAGUGUCCUCGUCCUCACCAGUCACAGAUAUAAAACCUGAUAGACCAGUAACAUUAAGGUGCUCUCUGCACACCCUCAAUGGAACUGGCAGAUGUGCCCCAGCCAUUAACCAAGAUGUUAGUCUGAGCUGGCAGAGGGUGGAUGAGACAGAUACUGGGCUGAUUGAGGCAGGUACUAAUCUGCAGGGAGACUCCAGAUACCAGGUCACACAGCUGUCUCACUGUGACAUCACUCUGAAUAUGACACUCCAGAGGGAGGACAACAACAGGAAGUGGAGGUGUCAGCUGACUGGAAAAGUGGAGACCUUCCUGGAUUUCACUGUUACAUUCCCAGGUAGACAAUUUACUGAUAGAUAUCCCAUAUUUCAUCAAUAAGUAGGCUACAUCUAUCACCCUAACCACCCCACCACCCUAACAUACUGUACACUGGAGAAAUAGGAUCUGUUUCUGUAUAGAAUGUACAUUUGUUUUUGUUUUUAGAGAGUACCCGUACUUUGAUUCCUGCCAGUGCUCCACGGAACCCCCACAAUGGUUAGAGUUUUUCCCCAUAAUGGUUAGAGUUUUUCUUUUUUCAGUUCAUAAAAAAAAAACGUAUUGCAAUGUCUGACAGACUCAGUACUGGAAUUGCUGGUCUUUCAGAUAGAAUAGCACUCUCUAGUGGUAGCAGUUGUGACGGGAGUCCCACAGAAAGGCUUUACUCUUCAUAGUCAAUCAUUGAGAAUCUGCAUUUUAUUGUCUUGUCACGCUUUGUCCCUUCAUCAAUGUUUCUACAAUGAUACUCCUGACUUCAUGUUAGCUCACUGUAGUCACCCCUUUUCUAAUGUGAUGAACAGGCCCAAACCCUGCCCCAUCUAGCCUCUCUCAAGAGGCUUGACUUCAUGUUUUUCAGACAGUUCUGAUAGAACAACUCUGAUUCCUGUCAAGACAACCACCAGUACUCCACAGUUGUCUAAAUCUGGUAGCGUAAAAACAGCCCCAAACAUAUUUAUAGGAAGUACUGCUUGUCUAGUUCUCUACAGAUUGGAGUGGAGAAAGAUUUAGCAGAUUGGUAGAUUGUAUGAGUGGUACAGCAUUGGGCCAAAGUCAGAUGUAUUACCUUGGUCAAUACACAGAGCAUGCAACUAAACUUCCCUUUUAGUAAUUUAGAAGACACUCUUAUCCAGGGUGACAUAUAGGAGCAAUUAGGGUUAAGUGCCUUGCUAUUAACUAUUUUCAGCUAGUCGGCUCAGGGAUUCAAACCAGCAACCUUGGUUUACUGGCCCAAUGCUCUUAACUGCUAGGCUACCUGCCUAGACUACCUACCUACCGCUAGGCUAACUUUCAUGUUAAAGUUUUUGUGGUUCACACUCUGCUGGUCUAUGAUGCCAAAUACCACUACUCCAUGUUUAAGUUAUUUAGUGGAUGGUCUGAACAAUCAAAGUAAUCCAUUAGGCUCGAAUGGAAACGCUAAGCUAGAUCUUUAGUGAUCAGACAGAGGUGAAUGUAACUGCAACCAAUUAUGUACAUUGAAUAAGUAUGUCUAUGCCUGCAACUGGUCCUUCUCUCAGUGGUUCUUUCAGCUCAGACCACUUCUGUUUUUCUAAGGCUGACCAGAGACGGAGAAAAAUAGGUAAUGGGUUGUCUUUUAAUUUGACCACAGCAUCUUACCUCACCCUAAAAAGAACAUAGCUAGUCAUUUCACACCUUCAAAAAGGAUUUUGCAACAACAACACAGAAAGAUACCGUGGGAACAGUGGCCUUUGGUGUUACUAUGGGGACUGAGACAUAGAGUGACUGUUUUUGGCUGGGGUUUGAUGGAUGUUAGUUUCCCGUGGCCAUCAUUCCAUAUCUCGUCUCAUUGACUCCUGUCCGGUGCUAAACGGAUGCAGGUUCAUGUUCAUGUUCUAUUUUUAACUUAGAAAAAACAAGACUCCAAGUUAUUUAGUGGAUGGUCUGAACAAUCAAAGUAAUCCAUUAGGCACGAAUGAAAACGCUAAGCUAGAUCUUUCGUGAUCAGACAGAGGUGAAGUUGUAGAGGUGUUUGGCUAAUGGAUAUUGGUCUUCAGUAUCCUCUAUUGACUGCUGUGUGAUACAAACUUUACUUUCAUAUAAAUCAAUCUAAAUGAUUGUCUGUUUUUAAUCACUGUCUGUCUCAUUGUCCAGGUACCAGUAAUGCUGUUAAGUUGCCCAUCAGUCACAUCAUGCUCUUUGUGACUCUGACCGUCAUGGCUGCCAUAGUCACUAUUCACACAACAAGAAGUAACUGCCCACCCAAGGCUCUGCACCCACAAGCAGGUGAGAGUCACAGGCAUUGGUCUAGUUCCAUUUAGGUUCUUAACUCCUCCCACAACAUCAGUGUUCACAGAUCUGAAAAGACUGGAUAGACCUAAACAUUAUGAAUGGUUCCAUCAAUCCAUAGAACAUAUGGAGCAUACAACAAAUUACAUUCACAUAUUCUGAUCUUCAGAUGUGUGAACUGAAAUGGAAUCAGGUCAUAAAUAGUCCUUUGACAUAAUCAUCUUGUCCAUCUAAACCCCUAUUAAUUAUUUCAUCUUUACAGUCUGCUAUAGAAUGAAUGGUGAGACAUGUUGUCUGAUGUGUGUGUUGUUGUUUUGUUCUCUGUAUAGAAGAAGCCUCUGGUAUUGAGCUUCAGGUCCUGGAGGAA